CAACAAAGUUUUCUUGCCCAUUUUAUAGCCAUUGACUACAUCAGCUUCCUGGUGCAGCAGAAGAAGAAACAGGAAGAUGAGUUGGAUGCACUCAGGAAGGACGUCAUGGCUCUCAAAAUCAUGAAGGGGAAUUAUGAGGAAAUAGUAGAAGCCCAUCAGAACACGCCGACCCAAGGCCAGAACCAGGUGUCAGACGAGGUCAAGUUCAAUGUGUUCCGCUCGGUGAUGGACCACCAGUUCCAGUCCUUUAACCAGUCCAUCUCCGUGGCCAGCUUUGCCGAGCUGUCGGCCUGCGUCUUCAGUUGGUUGGAAGAACACUGCAAACCUCAGACAUUGCGAGAACUUAUGCUGGGGGUUUUGAGACAAGUCAACAACCAGCUCUUUUAGCAGUUCCUGGGUCUACAAGGAUAUAUGGGGAAAAUAUAUGGAAAGACCAGAAGUGAUUUGUUUUUCACAACAUUUAUUUAUGUCUUGUCAUAUUGUGCACCAGAUGCAAUUUUGCUCUUUUCAUAAAUUAAGUUUAUUAUCCGUACUGCUUUACAGCUGUAUGUAACAAAUACUAGUCAAAUUUGAUACAUUUCUACUUGACAAAAACUGUUUACUUGGAUUUCUCUACUUAUAGCAGUUUGAAUUAACAAGGAUACAGCAAGUCCUUUUGGUCUGCUUGCUGUCUGCUUCCCAUAUACAUGUAGUUCACAAGCCAUAUUUGUAGUAUAUUUUCUAUUGUACAUAGUGUUUGAUAUUACCUACCUACCUACCUACCUAGAAGUAUUGUAAAUAUUGCUCUACAGUGUAUAAAAUGUAUGCAUUGUCUCAUUGAUGACUUUAUUGUCAUGGCACAUGGGUAUUGGAU